AUGUUUUCCUCUGUCACUUUUGCUCCUUCAAUCUUCCUCUGUGUCAUUCAUUUUUCUACGCUCUCUUUCCUCCUUAAUUUUUCUCUGUCUUUUGCCUUCAAUCUGUCCUGUUCGCAUUUCUGCUCUGUUUCCUCAUUUUCCUGUCCUUUUGUCAUCUGUCAUUGUCGCAUUUCUCUUUCCUCAUUGUUUUCCUCUCUCACUUUGCCUUCAAUCUUUUUCCUCUGUCUUUUGCAUUCAGUCUGCCUGUCAUUUUCUACGCUCUCUUUCCUCAUUAAGUUUUCCUCUGUCUUUUUGCCUUCAAUCUGUCCUGUAUCGCAUUUCUACGCUCUCUUUUCCUCAUUAAGUUUUCCUCUGUCACUUUUUGCCUUCAAUCUGUCCUGUCUGUCCUCUACUCUCUCUUUCCUCAUUAGUUUUCCUCUGUUUGCCUUCAAUCUCUGUCACAUUUUGCCUUCUCUCUGUCCUGUUUCCUCUGUCACUUUUGCCUUCAAUCUGUCUCUUUCGCAUUUUCCUCAUUUUUUCCUCUCUCACUUUUGCCUUUUCUGUCCUUUCUGUCAUUUUCCUCUGUCACUUUCUGUUUUCACGCUCUCUUUGUCAUUAAGUUUUCCUCUGUCCUUUUGCAUUCAGUCUGUCCUGUAUCAUUUUUUUUUUCUACGCCCUCUUUCCUCAUUAAGUUUUCCUCUGUCUUUUGCAUUCAUUUCCUCUCUUUCCUCAAUCUGUCCUUUUUCAUUUUCUGUCUCUUUCCUCAUUAAGUUUUUCCUCUUCAUUCAGUCUGUCCUGUAUGACAUUUUCUACGCUCUCUGUUUUCCUCACUUUGCCAUAUCUGUCCUGUCAUUUUCUGUCUCUUUCCUCAUUAAGUUUUCUCCUUCCACGUUUUGCCUUCAUUUUCCUCUGUCACUUUUGCCUUAUGUCUGUCGCAUUUUUCUACGCUCUCUUUCCUCAUUAAGUUUUCCUCUGUCACUUUUGCCUUCAAUCAUCCUUUUUCCUCUGUCACUUUUGCCUUCCAUCUCUGUCGCUCUUUUUUGUUUUCCUCCUUUUUGCCUUCAUCUGUCACUUUCGCAUCUCUUUCCUCGCUCUCUGUCUUUUACGUCCUGUCAUUUUCUACGCUCUCUUUCCUCAUUAAGUUUUCCUCUGUCCUUUGCCUUCCAAUCUGUCCUGUAUCUUUUCCUCUGUCACUUUUGCCUUAAUCUGUCCUGUCGCAUUUUCUCGCUCUCUUUCCUCAUUAAGUUUUUUCCUCUGUCACUCUCUUUCUCACGCUCUCUUUCAACAUUCGUUUUCCUCUUUUUUCCUCUGUCACUUUUCUCAAUCUGUCGUAUCGCAUUUUCUCUCUCUUUCCUCAUUAAGUUUUCCUCUGUCACUUUUUUGCCUUCAAUCUGUCCUGUAUCCAUUUCUCUCUUCCCUCAUUCAUUUUCCUCUGUCAAUUUGCCUUCAGUCUGUAUCGCAUUUCUACGCUCUCUUUCCUCAUUAAGUUUUUUCCUCUGUCACUUUUGCCUUCAAUCUGUCCUGUAUCGCAUUUCUACGCUCUCUCUCUUUCCUCACUUUGCCUUCAAUAUCCUUUUUUUUCCUCUGUCACAUUUUUGCCUUCAAUCUGUGUAUCUUUUCCGCUCUCUUUCCUCUUUUUCCUCUUUUUCUCUGUCACUUUUGCCUUCAAUCUGUCAUCGCAUUUUCUUCUCUCUUUCUCAAUCUGUCCUUUUGCCUUCAAUCUGUCCUUUUCCUCUGUCACUUUUGCAUUCCAUCUGUCCUUUGCAUUUUCUGUCUCUUUCCCACUUUUCCAUCUCUGUCACUUUACCCAUCUGUCUGUUUGCCAUUUCUGUCUCUUUCCCACAUCUGUCACUUCCUCUAUCCUUUUGCCUUCACAUCUGUCCUUUGCCAUCUCUGUCUCUUUUCCUCAUCUGUGAGCUUUGCCAUUCUGUCACUUUGCCACAUCUGUCAUUUUUUGCUCUCUCUCUGUUAACUUUUUCACAUCUGUCACUUUUGCCAUCUCUGUCCUGCCACAUCUGUCCUUUUGCUUCCCUUGUCACUUUUCAUCUGUCACUUUGCCAUCUCUGUCCCUUUGUAUUGUUCACAUCUGUGUCACUUUCCAUCUGUCUUUCACUCUGUCACUUUGCACCUUCAGUUGCCAUCUCUGUCACUUUGUCACAUCUACUGUCAUCUCUGUCCUUUCAUCUGUCACAUCUGUCAUUUUCACAUCUCUGUCACUUGUUUCCUCUGUGGACUUUUGCUAUCAAUCUGUCACUUAUGCCAUUUUCUACGCUCUCUUCCCUCUGUCACUUUGCCACAUCUGUCACUUUUGCUAUCAAUCUGUCACUUUAUCACAUUUCUACUUUCUCUUUCAUCAUUAAUUUCCUCUGUCUUUGCCUUCACAUCUGUCCCUGUUUGCAUUUCUCUGUCUUUCUUGCCAUUUCUGUGCCUUCUCUGUCCCAUCUUUGUCACUUUGCCACAUCUGUGACUUUACAUUCUGUCACUUUAUCACAUCUACACUUUCUCUUGCCAUUUCUCUGUCCUUUUGCCUUCACAUCUGUGACUUUUGCCUCUCUUUCCUCAUGGCUAUUUUCUGUGUCUUUUGCCAUCUCUCCUUUUUCACUUCUGUCACUUUAUUUCCUCUCUGUCCUUUGUCAAAUCUGUCACUUUCGCAUUUUACGCCUCUUUUGUUACUUCAUUUUUCUGUCAAUUUGGAUUCUCUGUCAAGUUUGCUCUCCAUCUGUCUCUUUUGCCUGUCACUUUUAUGUUGCCAUCAUAACUUUUCCUCUGUCACUUUUUGCAUUCAGUCUGUCCUGCCAUCUCUGUAACUUUGCCUCAUCGUCCACAAGUUUAUCUCUGUCACUUUUGCAUUCUCUGUCUUUGCAUUUCUCUGUCUCUUUCAUCAUUAACAUUUUUCAUUGUGACAUUUCUUCAAUUGUCCUAUAUCUGACUUUUUCUAUCUCUGUUUCCUUUUAUUUUCAUCUGUCCUUUGCCAUCUCUGUCUGUUUUCCACAUCAUUUCACUUUGCUCAUUUCUGUCCUUUCCUCAAUUCCGUUACUUUGCCAUCCACUGUCAUUUGAUAUCUCCAAUUUUACCAUCUCAUCACUUUGA